AUGCCUCCCGCCCGACGCCAACGCAUAGCUGUACAAGAACGCGCGGAGAAUGCAAAUCAGCCAUCGGUAAACGAUCUUCGACAACAAUGUCUAGACAAAGGUUUAUCUGACCAUGGUCGUCGAAAUACGCUGGUCGCGAGACUGCAACAACAUGCUUCAACGUCGUCGUCGAACAGUACCGCCACAGAAGCUGCGACAAUUGUUGAUAUUGCGAACAACAACGAGCAAACACCACUCGUCGAGCGAAGAUCUGUGCCACGCGAAAGCUGA